GUCUCUCACUCUGUCUGUCUCUCCCUCUCUUUCACCCAUCUCUCUCUCUCUCUCUGUAAAGUCCAAUACAUUCCCAUCCAAUGGAAAUCAACCAGAGCACCAUGUCUACUGUGGGAUUAGAAGGUAAGGGAAAGAAAGAGAAACAGAGAGAGCGAGGGAACAGGGACUGGAAGCUAAAUCCAUCACCUGCAUCUGCACAAUAGGUUCUCAGUGAAGUGAUGCACCAGAACCCAUAGAACCUGAACCAGUUUUGUGUUUCUUUCAUUUUUAUUUGUCGAUAGUCGCACAGAAAUGUGACACCAGUCGGUCGUUUUGGUAUUUAACUGUCGCACUCAUUCCAUUUCUGCUUUAAGGACAGGAAGGUGAACAUACAAAAACUGAGAAAGAGCGAGAGAGAGAGAGAGAGAGAGAGAAAGUAAGUUAGUGAGGAGGGAAUGAAAGGCGUGAUGGAACAGGACGUCGUGUUUGUCACCCAGAAGACAGGCACUCGAGGACAUGAAGACACACACCAAUAGUGGAGAGUCCAACACGAGUGUGUGUCAAGGUGUGAUCAACAUUCUCUCCACAAACAUGAGUGGCGUUUGAACUGAAAAUAAAACUAAAUGCACCCUGGUGAGACUGACAACAAGGGAUCUGCAGACUAAACACCGCAGAUUGCCUGGCUGAGGCAUCCGAUAAGAGUAUUCACCAGGAAGAAUUAAGAAAUAUUCUGAGAGAUGUCAUCAACAUGCACUGAGCCAUACAAGCCAGGACUUUAGAGUGUGUGACGGCAAAGAACACACCUGAAGCACGGACUUGGAGCUCUGUAGUGAGAGAAAGAGAGAGAGAGAGAGAGAGACAGAGAGAAGAAGACCAUGAUGGAGAAGUUGGACUCCAGUGUAUCCCCCUCCCGUGCUCUGUCAAUGACUGACCCCUUAACUCCUCCACACACUCACUCUCCGUGCACCAGCAGCCCUGCAGCUAACGAGGCUAAUGGUGCCGAGAGCAGCGCGAGCACAAACCCGAGCACUCCUGCUACAUCGCAACUUACUGAUGCAGAGAAAGCGACAGCAGUUGAACCUGCUACCUCACCCCCAAACACAAGCAUCUCUUCCGUUUCCACUUCCACGUCAACAUCCAGUUCCACCAUCGUCCUUCCGUCUCCUCCCUCUUCAUCCCCUGCUCCGUUGCCCCCUAACAUCCCUGUGAUCAGUCUGGCUCACAGUAAACCCCCUCUGCCCCCAAUCCCCAUGCCUGCUACUCAGCUCACCACCCUCCACCCCAUACCCACAGUGCCACACGGACCCGGAGAAUUCCGACUGGCACAGCUAGCCGCCCUCUCUGGGGGUUCGACAGCAACGGUGCCUCCAACUAGAGCUCUCCUGCCUCACCAAUACCUGCCUGGACACCCUUUACUCAACAGCUCUUUCCUUAGUCCCUCCAGUAGUUAUGGUUUCUUCAGCAACAACCGUGUUAAGAGAAGACCGUCAUCCCAUUUUGAAUUGGAUCUCACUGAUUGUCCUCCUCAGAAGCUGGCCAGGCGUGUUUUCACGAACAGCCGUGAGCGCUGGCGUCAGCAGAAUGUCAACGGUGCUUUCUCGGAGCUCCGAAAGCUCAUCCCCACACACCCACCAGACAAGAAGCUGAGCAAGAAUGAGAUCCUGCGGCUUGCCAUGAAGUACAUCAACUUUCUGGUGAAGUUGCUGAAUGACCAGGCCAACGACAGCACGGAGGAGGACAAGAGCAAGAUGAAAGGCACAAACGAAACAAUGGGCAAUGGCGACAGUCAUGCCCUGCACCCAGCAUGUCCCACAGAGAGCACUUCGCCACUUCCUGCUGUUCACCUGGCAUUAGUCACUUCUCACCGUAACAGAGACUCCAUGGAUUCAGUCAUCGCUUUGACCACGUCACCCAGCUCCAGUUGCUACGGCGACACGGACAGCGAGGAAACUUUAGGCUCACAGAAUUUAGGGAUUGUUAAGACGAGUGUCAGUGAAGGGAUGAUGGAAAAGAUGAAGGAACAGAUACAAACUGUUAUGGCGUCCGGAUACCACCGGUGACAUCACCUGUGACAUCAUGUUCAAACACUGGAGCACAAACUGACAAAAAGAGAAACAACUGGUCAAAAUAUAUAUAGUGCAUAUGUGUGUGUGGUUUUUUUUUAAAUGGAAUUGUGCGAUUAUUAUUAUUAUUAUUAUUAUUAUUAUUAUUAUUAUUAUGAUGUUUGAAUUUAGAUGUUGGUUCCUUCCCUCCAUAACAAUGUUUAAACUGAGAUGUUUUAAUAUUUUGAUAGUUUGAGUGUGUACAGAUUAAUUAUUAGCAUCUGAGAGGUAAUCACGUUUGACUCACACGUGUUGUCAUUGUCAUGUUGUGGCACUUUGAAGCUCUUCAUAUGGGUUCCCUUCAAGGAAAAAUAAACACGCUGUGUAUCUGGAGA